UUGUAUCACUCGUGUUCUAGAGGGAUCGCUGCUGAUCAUCUCAAGGGGAGGGGGGACCGCUGCUGAUUAUCACAGGGAGCAAUCUGCAAAGCUAAUAAAGGCAUCCCAAUACAGAUCAUUACAUCCAAACCCCCCUUUUCCCCCUCCUUGCCCUGGUUCUGGCAGGCAGCAGCUAUGCCCCUCUUCUAUAGGUUCAUGUGGAUGUGCCUGGCGCUGGCAGUGCCCCUUGGGGAAGCCUCGGUGCUGGCAGAGGAAGGGCUCUUGAAAGAUGACACAAUCGCGAAUCUACUGAAAGACGCUGAUGAAGACUUGGCACCUAAGAAACCUCAGAUACAGUUCAAUGCCCACUUCUCUGCCAAUCCUGAUGAGGGUUGUUACCUAGACCCAGAAAAUGACGAUUGCCUGCAAGACUGUCACUACAACACAUCAGCAAAGACUUUCAUUGUCAUCCAUGGGUGGACGAUGUCUGGACUGUUCGAGAGUUGGCUGCAUAAACUAGUGGGGGCCCUUCAGCAGAGGGAGCAUCACGCCAACAUCAUAGUUGUUGACUGGAUGUCUCUCGCUCAUCAACUCUACCCUGAUGCCGUCAAUAACACAAAGUUGGUCGGAAAGGAGACUGCUGUUCUAAUAGACUGGUUGCAGGAGAAAGGAAAUAUGUCCCUCAAAAACCUCCAUCUUAUUGGUUACAGUCUUGGUGCACACGUUGCAGGUUUUGCAGGAAAUUAUGUCAAAGGAACCCUUGGACGCAUUACAGGCUUGGAUCCAGCAGGACCAAUGUUUGAAGAUGCAGAAGCUCACAAACGUCUCUCACCUGAUGAUGCUGAAUUUGUAGAUGUUCUUCAUACAUAUACCCGAGAGGCGCUAGGAGUUAGCAUUGGCAUCAAGAUGCCCAUUGGCCAUAUUGACAUAUAUCCCAAUGGAGGCGAUUAUCAGCCAGGCUGUGGCUUAUCAGAUGUUCUUGGUGCCCUAGCCUAUGGAAAUAUCGGGGAUGCUGUAAAGUGUGAACAUGAGCGUUCUGUGCACCUUUUUGUGGAUUCUCUCAUCAAUAAAGACAAGGAGAGCUUUGCCUUCCAAUGCACUGACUCGAAUCGCUUCAAGAAAGGAAUCUGCCUGAGCUGUCGCAAGAACCGAUGUAAUGCCAUUGGUUAUAAUGCCAAGAAAAGCACCAGUAAAAGAAACAGCAAAAUGUACCUGAAGACCCGGGCACAGAUGCCAUACAAAGUUUUCCACUACCAGCUCAAAAUGCAUAUCUUCAACUACAUGUUUGAGCAGGAGACUACUGAACCCACUUUCUCUGUCAUCCUGGUUGGAACUUUGAACGACUCCACCCCUCUGCCCUUAAAUGCGCCAGAGCAGAUUGGAUACAAUUUCACCAACACUUUCCUGGUGUACAGUGAAGAUGAUAUCGGUGAUCUCCUUACUGUCAAACUUAAAUGGGAAGGGACCAAACAAUCAUGGUUCAAUUUCUGGUCCUCCAAUUACUGGUUUGGGUCCAAAGGCAACGAAAAAGAACUACACAUCCGUCGCAUCCGCGUGAAGUCUGGAGAAACCCAGCAGAAAUUUACAUUCUGUCUGAAAGAGUUACAUAAAAGUGGUAUAGCUCCCGGUGGUGAACUGGUGUUUGAAAAAUGUAGAGAUGGUUGGGAAGUAAAGAGCCACAAACGGGUGAACUUAUAAUGUCACGGAUCCAUCCGGUGGGUUCUGCAGUCACUGACCCUGACUUUGCAUCCAAUUGGGGCUCUACAUGGAGACAUCUGUCUACGAAGCACUGAAAACGAUGCUGCUUGUUUUUUAUUUAUAAAAUGAAAAAAUCUCGUAGAUCCAUUAACUGGUUGGCCGUUGGACAGCCUGUGACGAUGCAGUCAUUGACCUAACAGGGCCCAUUUGUUCCACUCUGGUCCUUUCAUGGAAACUUUGAAGAAGUUUACAUUCCCCUCACCCCUUAUACGAACUGUUACGAAGAAGGAAGUUUUUCAUGAAAGGAUAAUUUGGAUUAAUGAGAUUAUUAUAAUCUGCUGCUCAUACAAACCUUCUACUAACAGCACCCCCCCGACCUUAAUUCCUCUUAUACCAUUUUCCCCCCUCCCCCAGUUUUUUGUACAUGUCUAGAGAUUUAUAUAUAUUUAUAUAUUUUUAUACAGUGUGAGCUGUGGCAAGGACUGUGUGACCGUGUAGUCCCUCUUAUUUAUAAUGGUUCAGUUAUUAACAUUGUGCAUGAAGAUCCAGUUGUCAGUAUUUUAUUCAAAGAGCUGAGCUGUGGUAGUCCAGCCACAUGGCGAUCCAUCCAGUGGGUUUCUUUUCUUUUGCUCCACUCUUUCCUCGUCAUAUGUGUUAAAGGGAUUAUCCAGGUUUAGAAAAACAUGGCUGCUCCCUUCUAGAAACGGCAUCACACCUGUCCAUAGGUUGCAUUGUGGCUUGGCUCCACCAUUGAUGUGCAAUACCACACAGUCUGUGGACAGGUGUGACGCUUGAGCUGUGUAUUUCUAACCCUGUGCAACCCCCUCCAUGGCAAUCACUGGAAUGUUUCAAGGUGGACCCUAAAAGGCCAUUUCUUCCCCUAUGCACUUCCAUAAUCCUCCAAGUUGCAUCUGCUCCCUUCAACCUUGGUGACAUCACUGUGUCUCACUAUGAACAAUGUACGGCAGAGGCCAGAUGAAUUGGUGCUUUAGGUUCGGUUCUUAUUCCAUUCAGAAUAUGAACUGAGCCUUUAAUGUUUCUCAAUUUUGAUUUUGUUAUCUUUUACUGUGCCAGAGGAGUUGGUGCAACAUUGUGGACCUGACCCAAAGCUGGUGAUGAGCCAAGUCUAAUGAGUCUCUAAGCUCCACAGGUCUGGGUAGUCUGUGGUCUUGGAGAGUAGG